CUCAGAAGAUUAAAGACCAAACGCUUCCUCUUCCCACAGAUAAGGAAGAAGAGAACGAAGAAAGCUCGGAUCCAACAAUGGCGAUUUCUACUUUAACACUCACAUCAUCUCACUACACAAGUUCCUUCAGACCCACCAUCUGUUCUUCUUCUUCUUCGUCGUCAUCGUCAUUCUCAUGUCUCUGUUCUUCUUCUUCUUCCACCGAUGGCCAGCAGAAACAGAGGAGCUUAACCGGCGCGAAGAAGAACGUUUUCGGAGUGGGUUUAGGCCUUUUAGCUGCCACGAUUCUCUCUAUAACGCCUCUGGACGCAGACGCCACGAGGAUUGAGUACUACGCCACUGUUGGAGACCCUCUCUGCGAAUACAGCUACGCAAAAUCAGGGCUUGGAUUCUGCGAUAUCGCAGUUGGGUUCGGUGAUAAAGCCCCACGUGGCGUACUCGUCAAUGUCCAUUACACGGCUAGGUUUGCAGAUGGAACGUUGUUUGACAGUACAUAUAAGCGUGCAAGACCACUUACUAUGCGGAUUGGUGUGGGCAAGGUUAUAAGGGGUCUAGACCAAGGGAUUCUUGGAGGCGAAGGAGUACCUCCUAUGCGAGUAGGGGGAAAGCGCAAACUUCAGAUUCCACCUAAGUUAGCUUAUGGACCAGAGCCUGCAGGAUGCUUUUCCGGUGACUGUAACAUACCUGGCAAUGCAACUUUGCUAUAUGAUAUCAAUUUUGUUGAGAUCUACCCUGGAAGUAACACAAGAUGAAGCCUGCCAACUCCAGUUUCGUUCUGUAAAGGAAGAAAUAGCUAUGUAUAUGAUGUAUAUCGCCAGAUUCUCUAGCUCUUAUCAUAUGUAAACAUUGACAUUUUUCCACUAUAACCCAAUGAGUAGUUUGCUCUUGAAGAAUAAGACAUAACUCAUAUACGUAA